AGAGGCCUAGAAACGGUUCACUACAUCCUGAAUAGAACCUAGGAGGCAUUAUGAGGGACCUUGCCUUCCCUUUCUGAAUGGGGAUCAGAUCCUCUUGUGAGGGGCCUACUGGAACAGUCCAGCCUAGCCCCGUGUGAGCCUAGCGGCCCAGGGGCAGGGAUAGAGGGUGAAACAUGGAGCUCCGCGUGGGGAAUAAGUACCGCCUGGGCCGGAAGAUCGGCAGUGGGUCCUUUGGAGACAUCUACUUGGGUGCCAACAUUGCCUCUGGUGAGGAAGUAGCCAUCAAGCUGGAAUGUGUGAAAACAAAGCACCCGCAGCUCCACAUUGAGAGCAAGUUCUACAAGAUGAUGCAGGAAGCAGUGGGGAUCCCGUCCAUCAAGUGGUGCGGGGCUGAGGGUGACUACAAUGUGAUGGUCAUGGAGCUGCUGGGGCCCAGUCUUGAGGACCUCUUCAACUUCUGUUCCCGAAAGUUCAGCCUCAAGACGGUGCUGCUGCUGGCCGACCAGAUGAUCAGCCGCAUCGAGUACAUCCACUCCAAGAAUUUUAUCCACCGGGAUGUAAAGCCUGAUAACUUUCUCAUGGGCCUGGGGAAGAAAGGCAACUUGGUCUACAUCAUUGACUUCGGCCUGGCCAAGAAGUACCGUGAUGCCCGCACCCACCAGCAUAUCCCCUACCGGGAAAACAAGAACCUGACUGGCACUGCCCGCUAUGCCUCUAUCAACACCCACCUGGGCAUCGAGCAAAGCCGUCGAGAUGACCUGGAGAGCUUGGGCUAUGUGCUGAUGUACUUCAACCUGGGCUCCCUGCCCUGGCAGGGUCUCAAAGCCGCCACCAAGCGUCAGAAGUAUGAGCGGAUCAGUGAGAAGAAGAUGUCAACGCCCAUCGAGGUCCUCUGCAAAGGCUACCCCUCUGAGUUCUCAACAUACCUCAACUUCUGCCGCUCCCUGCGGUUCGAUGACAAGCCCGACUACUCCUACCUGCGCCAGCUCUUCCGAAAUCUCUUUCACCGGCAGGGGUUCUCCUACGACUACGUCUUCGACUGGAACAUGCUCAAAUUCAUGCGGCCCCCCUUCCGCCAGCCCCCUGCCCUUCCCUCUGGACGGCCUCAGGACCAGCUAGGGUGCAGCCCGGAAUCCCGAGGACGUAGACCGGGAGCGACGAGAACACGAACGGGAAGAGAGGAUGGGGCAGUUGCGGGGGUCUGCGACCAGAGCCCUGCCCCCUGGCCCACCUACGGGGGCUACUGCCAAUCGACUCCGAAGUGCAGCCGAGCCUGUGGCUUCUACCCCUGCCUCUCGCAUCCAACAAGCUGGCAAUACUUCUCCCAGAGCGAUCUCACGGGCCGACCGGGAGAGGAAGGUGAGCAUGCGCCUCCACAGAGGUGCACCGGCCAAUGUCUCCUCCUCAGACCUCACUGGACGGCAAGAGGUCUCCCGGAUUUCAGCCUCACAGACAAGCGUGCCAUUUGACCAUCUCGGGAAAUGAGGAGAGCCACCACCAACCAGUGUUUGCUUAGUGUCUUCACUGCAUUUUCUUAAUGAAAUAAAACAAAGGACAGAAAGAAAGAAGCAACCACUCAAAUGAACAAAAAGGAAAAAAAAAACACAACCCAGCACAGAGUCGACAAUGGAUUUUGUUUCUUUGAUUUACUUUUCCAAUGGCAAAAAGACAAGAUUGUCUUUAUUACUGAGGAUUCCUGUCCCCUCACCUUGCCCACUGCUCCCAACAUGAAGGCUGCCAACACUCCUCUAAUGACAUUGGGUCAUACUCCAGCCCCCUGUUCCCACCAUCACCCACCACAUGCAGGGCAGCCGAUGGAGGUGCCUGAAGAGCUUGCAUCAGGGAGUGGUUUGCCAGUCACAGACAAGUCCCAUGAGAUUUUGUGAGCCUCGGAUCCAAGGAGACACGCACAACUGCAGCCCCUUGGCAGUGACAGUGGCCAGCUUGGUGUUGGGCUUUCCCAGAGUUCCCCUAAGCAUCCUGGUCCCCCUUUCUCCCCUCCCGUCACCUCUCUGCAGAGACCUUGAGGAGGCGGUGAGCUGGUGGCCAUGAUGCCUUGUGCAUGUGUGAGUGUGAGUGUGUGUGUGUGUGUGUGUGUGUGUGUGAGAGAGAGAGAGAGAGAGAGAGAGAGAGAGAGAGAGAGAGAAACUUGUAUUUUCCAGAGCAGCAGGUGGCCUGCCAUCCUUCCUGGCCAAGUUUCUGUUCUCGUCCCCCUAAAGUCAAGGUGGGGUGGACAAUGACCUCCACAUCCCUCAGGGCAUAGAGUCCUUGCCACCACCUGUCCCCAGAUGCCAGUGUGUGGCAACCCCAUCUUUCUUCCAUACCUGAUCUUAGGCAAGUUCACAGAGUCUGUUCCCAGAUGGCAUCGGCUCUGACUUACCAUUUAGUUCCCUGGUCCUGACAGUCACCUGUGGUCACCCCUCUUCCCAGGCCUGACUUCUGAGUAGGACCCUGGGUCAGGGUUAAGUGUUGAAUUUACCCUUCCUGGUUAACACCUGAUUUUUAAUUUUAUUUUAUUUUUGUUUGUUUUCUCGGUGUGUGUAUUUCCUAAUUUAUUUACCUCUUUUUCCCUUUUUUUUUUAAUUAAAGAGCAAAACUUUUUAUUACUUUGUAAUUUAAAAAACUGAAAAAAAAUUACUGAAGAACUUUGGGGGGAAUUUUGUACUUUUUUCCUGUGUAAAUAUUGGACUUUUUUGAGCUUUAUUGUGGUUGUUAAUUUGAAGUAAUAAAGUAGAAAAGGACAAAGUGAUGUAGGCCA